AUGGCUCCAGGGAACUGCACACAAGUGACGGAAUUCGUCCUCAUGGGAAUCACAGAUCGUCCAGAGCUCCAGGCCCCCCUCUUCUUUGUCUUGCUGAUGAACUAUGGCCUGACCUUGGCCGGGAACCUGGGCAUCAUCACCCUCACCAGCGUGGACUCUCAACUUCAAACCCCCAUGUACUUUUUCCUGCGACAUUUAGCUAUCAUCAAUCUUGGCAAUUCUACUCUCAUUGUCCCCAAAAUGCUAAACAAUGUCAUGGGUAAGAAAAAAACCAUCUGCUACUACUGUUGUGCAGCUCAGCUUGGCGGAUUUUCUGUUUUUAUUGUGGCAGAGAUACUCAUGUUGGCAGCAAUGGCCUACGACCGCUACGUGGCCAUCUGCAACCCUCUGCUCUACAUGGUGGUGAUGUCUCCGCAGAUGUGCCUUCUGCUCGUGUCCCUCACCUACCUCUACAGUCUGACCACAGCACUGACUGUCUCCUCCUGUGUGUUCUCUGUAUCAUACUGUUCUUCCAACAUAAUCAACCAUUUUUACUGUGAUAAUGUCCCUUUGUUAGCAUUGUCCUAUUCUGAUACUUACGUUCCAGAAACAGCUGUGUUUACCUUUUCAGGGACCAAUUUGCUUUUUUCUAUGAUCGUUGUUCUAGUAUCCUAUUUUAAUAUUGCCGUGACAAUUUUGAGGAUACAAUCCUCAGAGGGGAGGCGAAAAGCUUUUUCUACUUGCACUUCUCAUGUGAUAGCUGUCACUGUGUUCUAUGGGACACUCCUUUUCAUGUAUCUGCAACCAAGAACCAACCACUCAUUAGACACUGAUAAACUGGCCUCAGUUUCCUACACGCUUGUGAUCCCAAUGCUGAACCCCUUCAUUUACAGUCUAAGGAAUAAGGAUGUGAAGGAGGCACUGAAGAGGUUCAUGAAAAAGUCAUGCAAAUCACUCAAAUUGUUAUAA